AUGGCGUUUAUCAAUUUAGAGAAGACUUAUGAUAGCAUACCUAGAAACAUCAUUUGGGAUAGUCUCACGGCUAAAGGUAUUGUGAGGACUCACAUUGAGGCCAUACGAGACAGGUAUGAAAGAACCACAACUAGCAUAGUCACAAGUUGGAUUUACAGAACCUUUCUUGGAGAAUUUAGUGACGAGCUCAAUAUGAAAGUAGAGGAGUGGAGGGCAGCCCUUGAAAGCAAAGGGUUGCAUUUAAGUACUACAAAAAUAGAAUAUAUGUGUCCCAAGUUCGGUGAGAUAGAGCAACAAAAUGACCUAGAGGUGUAUAUAGGGCAGGAUGAUAUUGCUGGUAGAACAAAGUUUAAGUAUUUUGGGUUGAUUAUCCAAAGUGAUGGAAAAGUCGAUGGUGAUGUAACCCAUCAAAUUCAAGCGGGUGGGCUCAAGUGGAGAGCAACCACUAUAGAGUUUUAUGCGAUAAGAAGUUUCCUACCAAACGGAAAGGUAAAUUCUAUCGAGUUGCCAUUUCGCAUGCUCUGCUGUACGGGACAAAAUGUUGGCAUGAAAAGAAAGAUUUCAAACAUAAGAUGGAUGUAG